AGAGGGUGAGGAGGAGGAAGAGGUCACUGCGCUCCUAACGAGCUUGAAAUAAAGUUAAAGCAACUCGAAGCGGACAACAGUGAAGAUACGACGUGAGGUAUCUUGGUGCAAAACAUACUAGUAUUAUUAUUAUUAUUAUUUUGCGCAAUUUUUUGCGACUUUUUAAAAUUAGUAUUCUGCUCCUUGCAUGGAGACGCGAGCUUAAACGCAGGCGCAGUGAUUUCCCUCAGGAGACGGACAGUCUGUUGCAGGAUUACCGGCGGCGUGUUUGUGGCCGCUGCUCAUCUCCAGCUUCUUCCUCUGUACUUUUGGUCCUCACUUGACUCACACACGCACACGCAGACACAAUCACGCACUCACAUACACGCGCGCGCGCGUGUGCGCACAGUUGAUCGGGAUUGUAACUGGUCAAAGUGAUUUCGUUUGGAUUUGACGCGAAUGAAAGUUGCGAGGAGAUCCGCCAUCUCUGAGUCAGCGUGAACUUUUCUAACUUUUUUACCCGAGUCUGAAAUAAUCGAGCUUAUGAGUGCGGCAUUCGGUUCGUCCUUCGCGGUGAUGCAGCGUCCGGUGGGAAACACCACUGCCUUCAGCAUCGACUCGCUCAUCGGCGGCUCCCAGCAGCCCAGUCCUGGACACUUCGUGUACACUGGCUACCCCAUGUUCAUGCCUUACCGGUCUGUGGUGCUUCCUCCUCCUCCUCCACCACCACCACCUCCCGGUCUGACUCAGGCGCCUCCUCAUCACCAGCUCGCCGCUUUACCGGCCGCUAUACCGGGCGCUUUCUGCUCCAGUUUGGCGCAGGGCAUGGCGCUCACCUCCACGCUCAUGGCUAGCCUGCCCCAGCACCCGGAAGCGGCCCGGAAGUUCGGCACGCAGGCGCUGCACGCAGCCUUUGACAAAUCCCAUGAGAUCCGACUGGACGCUGAAGACGGCAAAAGUUACCUGACAAAAGAGACCGCUGCGCUUCUGCCCUUCCACGACGAGCCUCUGCAGUCCGCUACAGUACGAGGUCACGGCAAAGACGAUCCCAAGGACGAUGAGUGCACUAGGAAGGACGAGAGUUUCUCCAUGGACAGCGACCUCGACUACAGCUCGGAUGAUAACAUGGCCCCUGCGUCCAACCCUCUGUGUGCCAAAGACGACGGCGAAGUGAGCGCGGGGAUGGAGGAGAGCGCGCGCUCCGGCAACGGCGCCUCAGGGGGGAAAAACCGGCGGCGGCGGACGGCGUUCACCAGCGAGCAGCUGCUGGAGCUGGAGAAAGAGUUCCACUGCAAGAAAUACCUGUCGCUGACAGAACGCUCGCAGAUCGCACACGCCCUGAAACUCAGCGAGGUGCAGGUGAAAAUCUGGUUUCAGAACCGCAGGGCGAAGUGGAAGCGCGUGAAGGCGGGGAACGUGAACACGAAAGCGGGUGAGCCGUCCCGAAACCCCAAAAUAGUGGUGCCCAUUCCUGUGCACGUGAGCCGCUUCGCUAUCCGGAGCCAGCAUCAGCAGCUGGAGCAAGCCAGACCCUGACAUGUGCUGGGCUUUGGACACAAAACAAACGUAACUAACGCGAGUGACUCGUUUACAAAAGCCACAUGUGAAAUAUGAAUAUAGUACAUUUACACGCGGAUUUCUGCGUAUAUCCCUGAGGAACAAGCAGUGUCGGUUUGUCUGAAACUGCAGACUUUUCUACUAAAUAAUGCGGCAAAAUAGCACGCCACCAGAAGUAUUACUAUAGGUAGUGUGCUGUUUUGAUAAACAGUGUAAUGCGGUUUGGGACGCAGCCCAAGUUCUGGUAACUGGGCUCACAGACAGGAGCACACACAGAGAGAGAGAGAGAGAGAGAGAGAGAUGCUGUGGACCAAAUGAUGAAUAAACUAAUUCCCUGUAGAUUUCAAAGAACGUAAGAAUGCGAAGUUCUCAUUCGUUUUGUUUUUCUGUAGUGUUGUGUGUGUGUGUGUGUGUGUUUACUUUUUCUUUUUCUUCCGAACAGAGAUGAUGAGGUGAUCUAUUAAAAUGGAGCACUUUUCCUGCUCUGAUCUGCUGAAGCACUGAAACAAAAGAAUAACAGUCAUGCCUUCGAGAUUAUGGUCUGUUCUGUUAACACGUGUUGUGUUUGUUUUUAUUCGUAUUUGAUUAAUCCACUCAUAACUUCUCUUUAUUUUAUUUUCUUAUUUUGUUUUGUUUAGUUUUGUUUAGAUUUGUUUUUUACUUCAUGGGGGCACGCUGCUAAUUUAUUUGAUAUUGUG